AUAAAUUCAGAUGAUACAUUCUGGUUUCCUGAAACAGUGUUAAAUACUUACUGACUGACUGUUGCAGAGGAGAAAGGCUGUGGAGCACUUCGGAAUUGUUCCUGUUCACCACUUAAAAUAUUAUGGGAUAAAAGACCACCAAUAAUAUGGGCCCCAUCUCUAGAGUAGCCUUCAGUGUAGCUUUUCUUAGGAGUACACAGGGUUUCCUCUCUCAUAGCCACAGCAGUGGGGAAAAGCAGUGUGAUAAGGAUCAAGGACAACAUAAGGGCACAGUCAGAGGAUCUGAGAGAGCAAGUUCAAUGUGGUCCAGCACCACAGCCGCUCUAUUCUGAGCCCCAGAGUGGGUCUACAGUGAGCAAGGUAGGCACAGACACUUCGCCACGCAGAUCUGCUGCUAUGGAACUCGCCAAAUCGCUGCGCAUCUUUCUGUUCCUCCUGCUGUCUUUUGUGUCAGCGCACCGUAACCGGAUCAUUGGAGGCGAGGAGUGCCCUACAAAUAAUCAUUCUUGGCUCGCUCUGCUCUACGACUCUGACACGCUUCUAUGCUCUGGAAUGUUGAUUACCCCCAACUGGGUGCUCACGGCUGCUCACUGCUACAUUUGUGGAAACAUCCAGGUAAGGCUCGGAGCACACAACAAAGAUGACUAUGAGCAGUUAAGAGUCAGCACAUUGAAGAAAUGCCCCGGUGACAAUUGCUCGUGUUUUACCGAUGACAUCAUGCUGAUCAAACUGAACAGCUCUGCUGUCAUGACUAGCCGUGUGUCUACCAUCAACUUGCCCUCCAGCUGCUCCCCGGUGGGAACAGAUUGCACUGUGAUGGGCUGGGGCACAACCACCACUCCUGAAGAGACAUAUCCUGACGUUCCUUAUUGUGUUAACAUUACAAUAUUUGACAACCUUGUGUGUGAGGCGGCUUACCCAUGGGACGUGACCGACAACAUGUUUUGUGCAGGAUACUUUGACGGAGGCAAAGAUUCAUGCCGGGGUGAUUCUGGGGGACCCCUUAUCUGUGGUGAUGGAGGCCUCCAAGGUGUGGUCUCUUUGGGGGGCUUCCCUUGCGCUGAGCCUGGUGAACCUGGCAUCUACAUCAAGAUCUGCAAAUUUCUUGAGUGGAUCCGUACUACUAUAGCGGAGAAUACAUUUAAGUCUGGUGCCUGUAAGGAUGGAAUAUUCCAGUAGAAACCUCUUGAGCAACAUGAGGGGGGAUAACUUAGCUACAACUGCCUCCUUUCCUCCAUGCCUUAAGACUGCAGGCCUAGGCAUAUUUUAUCCUGGGAGUAAGACUCAUUGAACACGGUGGUACUUACUUUAAGUAAACAUGGAGAGGAUGGUGCUGUGCAACACCAUGCCCCAUCUUGAAAUCCUGAUCUGGUACACAUUUACUUAACAGUAAGUCACACUAAACCAAAUGAGACCUGUUCCCAGGAGAAUUAGCAUAGGUUGGUGAUCCUAUUGUUGUGAUGCAUGAAUUAUUCCCUCCCUCAGUGCUAAAAUAUUGAAUCUUCUGAUUACGUAACAACCAUAGUUUCCGUACAAACUUCUUGCUCUGAAAGCUAACACCUGAAAAAUAAAGUAAUCAGCAGAA